AUGAAUUAAUAAUAAUCAGACAUCCCACCCUCAAAGAAAACUCAAUUUACUGGAUCCAUAGAUAGUCUGAUUUACUAAACAAACUCAAAAAAACCAAAUAUGUCUGAGUUUCUGAUAUAGGAAAUUUUGGAAGCCAGCGGAUUUUAGACAAACGAUUAAAAUUGCUAUAAAUUAAUAGCUCAUCUAACUGAUAAAUGGAUGAUCGAAAUGACAGAUUCCAUGGUUUAAAAAUUAAUCUAAGAUAGAAUGAGAAAAAAAGAGAAGGAUCCAGAUGAAAAGCUAUAAUUAACUACAAAUGACAUAGUUAAUGAAUUAGAUCAAAGAGGAUUGAAACUCCAUAAUCCCUUUUAAUAUCCUGAAAUCGAUGCUAAUAACUUAUAAAAAGUAAAAAAUGAAGUCUAACAAUGA